AUGCUGCCGGAGACUGUCGGGACUGUGACCGUAUGGCCCAGUCCCUUAGCACUGGCUUCCACCUGGGAUGAGGAGGCGGUUGCAGCGCAAGCAAGUGCCAUCGGCAAAGAGUUCCGAGGCAAGAGCGCCAACGUCAUGCUUGGCCCGGGCUUGAACGUGCACCGGAUAUCUCGAGGUGGCCGCAAUUUCGAGUACUUGCCUGGUGAGGAUCCCUACCUGGGUGCGCGCUUGGCACGGUACUUUGUCGAGGCUGUUCAACGGCAAGGUGUCAUGGCUGUUCUGAAGCACUUUGGCUUCAACGAGCAGGAGACCAACCGCGGCACCGUAAAUUCCGUAGUGGAUGAUCACACAGCGUGGGAGCUCUACUACCAGCCUUUUGAGGCUGCGAUUGAUGCCGGCGCAGGAGCAGUUAUGUGCUCUUACAACAAAGUCAAUAACACACCGGCCUGCGGCAGUCACGACCUUCUCACCCGUGACUUGAGGGAAAAGAUGAACUUCAAGGGCUUCGUGAUGAGUGAUUGGGGUGCAGCCCAUUCCACUGCCUUUAGUGCUGGCUUGGACAUGGACAUGCCCGGCAAUGACAAUUUCUACACCUUCCAGGCUAUUUCUCAAGCAAGUCAAAGCAGUGUUAAUGCAUCGAUACGUCGAAUCUUGGCUUCGAUGUACCAUCUCCGUCUGGACCAGGGAGAUCCAGGCUGUACACCACCGCUGUGCAUCAACGACUUGGCUAAGGACGUCCAGCAAAAGGCUGACGUACCCCUGGCCAGACGGAUUGCCUCUCAGGCAGUGAUUAUGCUCCAGAACAACGGGGCGCUGCCACUGAAUGCAUCGAAAGUAAGAAAGUUGGGCAUUGUGGGUUCAGCAGCAGAUGCUUCGUUCAGCGAUUUUCAUCAGACUAUGAACGGCCUGCCGGUUGGCGAUUUCUAUUCUGGUGGCGGUUCUGGUCAUGUGCAAGGCAGCAAUCAGAGCUUGGUGACCACCCUGCAGGCAAUCAUCGAUCGCGCUCAAGAGGAGAAGAUCGAAGUCCUGUCUGCCAACACCUCCUUCAGGCACAACCACUCCAGGCCUUGGGGUGCCCUGCAGCAGGAGGCAGACCUUCUGGUGGUGGUGGCCGGGGUCAAGACAAUAGAGUCCAAAGAUCGACCCAACCUUGUCCUCGACCCAGCCGAUGAAGAACUGAUCAAGGAGGCCAGCGUGGCAAAGCCCACCAUUGUGCUACUGAUGGCUCCAGGCGCUGUGCUGCUGCCGUGGCGCUUUCAGGUCUCGAGUAUUUUGGUGCUUUUCUACGGUGGCGAGGCUUCUGGGUUCGCAUUCGCCUCCGUGCUCUUCGGGGAUGUGAACCCAGCCGCAAGGCUGCCCAUCACAAUUCCUGCCAGUGAGGCAGUUGUGGGGGCUCGGUAG